CUUGCGACGGCACAUGACGGUCGGGCGCGUGGCCUGACUGACAGCCGCGGCCCGGCACUGCUGUCCCGAGACGAUCAGGAGGCCGAGAUACGAGAGGGCAGGAUUUGCAUGGUUGGUGUUGCCCUCUCUUGCUUUGUGUCUCUUGGCGCCCAAAGAGCCCGCGCGCCCGUCGGCUGAAGUCCCCACCAACGCCUAACACACCCCUCACAACGUCCUCCUCCAAACCCUCCGCCCACCCCCCCGUCCCACGCCAGCCCGCUGCUAACCAACGUCCGCCUGACAUCACCCACGCGAGAGAAGGGGUCCUCGCCGCCACCACGCCCGCUGCCACCACGCGUGCGCGGCUCCACGCUGCCUGCCAUCGACGACGCCCACCACGCGAUUCCCACCGCCACCAUGAACGAGGACGACGCCAUCAAGGCCGUCUACGCCAAGAUCGACCGCGAAAAGGCCCUCAUCAAUGCCGCCAACGCCAUGCGCCAGUCGACCAACAACCCGGCCGUCCUGUCCCGCCUGGACGGCCAGGUCCGCGAGGGUCGUCGCAACAUCGAAUACCUCGAGGGCCGCAUCCAGGAGCUCCAGAUGCGGCGCGUCGGCACCGACUUGGACUCCAUGAGCCUGGGUCCCGCCAGCAACGGCUCCGAGUCGCCCGAGCAGCAGCGCCGGAACCCGCUGCCUCCCCCGGCAAAGGAAGGAGACCCUUACGCCGACGGCGCCGCCUACGGCAACCCUCCGCCUCCGGGCGGCUACAGCCAACAGCUGGCCGGUGGCGAGAUCCUCAUGCCUCCCAAGGCGCCCUAUGCCGCCCCGGGGCCCGGCCAGCCGCGGGCUCGCCCCAAUUAUAGCAAGCUUGAUUUGAUCAAGUACGACACGCCUCAUCUGGGUCCCCGCAUCCAGCUGAUGCUGUCGCAACUCGAAUUCAAGCUGAGCGUCGAAAAGCAGUACAAGGAUGGCAUUGAGAAGAUGGUGCGCCUCUACCAGAUGGAGGGCGAUCGGAAGAGCAAGGCCGAUGCCGAGGCGCGUCGAAUUGAAAGUAGCCAAAAGAUACAGCUGCUCAAGCAGGCCCUGAAGCGCUACGAAGAUCUGCACGUCGACAUCGAAGGCGGGGACGGCCCCGAUGACGACAGCCUUAAUGUCCCGAGCGCUCGGAGACCGCUGAGCGGUCACUUGACUCUGCGCAUCCAUGCCGUGGCCGAUGUUGAUCAUGCUGCCACGGGACGUUUCAGCAGAGGGCCCGAGACGUUUGUAAUCAUGAAAGUUGAGGACGCGUUGAGAGGCAGGACGAAGGCGACGAGAACCGACAAGUGGACGGACGAACUGCACGAAUUCGACAUCGACAAGGCCAAUGAGAUCGAACUGACUGUUUACGACCGAGCGGGCGACCACCCUCUCCCAAUCGGCAUGCAAUGGCUUCGCAUCUCGGACCUUGUGGAGGAGCUCAGACGCAAGAGGGUGGAGGCAGAGCUCAACAAUUCCAGUGCCAUGUGGGUUUCCGCCGACAAGAUGGGGGAUGGAGGUGCGGGGGGACAGCCACACAUGCAGUUUCAGCCUCCUCCGGGUCAGGCUGGAGCCGGUGGUGGUGCCGGCGGUGCUCCCGUUCCGGGAACCGCGACAGGGCAACCGGCGGGGCCUCAGCCGCAGACUGGACCCAUCUACAUCGAUGCCUGGUUCGCGCUUGAACCUGUUGGGCGCAUUCAGAUUACCAUGAGUUUCGCCAAGCAAAACAGCGCAAGCAGACCGUUCGACGUCGGUCUUGGCCGUAAGGGUGCCAUUCGUCAACGCAAGGAGGAAGUCAUCGAGCAGUACGGCCACAAGUUCGUCCAGCAACAGUUCUACAACAUCAUGAGAUGCGCUCUCUGCGGUGACUUCCUGAAGUACGCAGCCGGCAUGCAGUGCUCAGACUGCAAGUACACCUGUCACAAGAAAUGUUACCAAAAGGUCGUCACCAAAUGUAUCACCCAGUCCAACGCAGAGACGGAUCCGGACGAGGCGAAGCUGAACCACCGCAUCCCGCAUCGUUUCGAAGCCUUCUCCAACAUGGGUGCCAACUGGUGCUGUCACUGUGGUUACAUGCUUCCGUUCGGCAAGAAACAGUGCAGGAAAUGCUCCGACUGCGGUUCCGUUUGUCACGCGCAGUGCGUCCACUUUGUGCCGGACUUCUGUGGUAUGUCCAUGGAAGUGGCCAACCAGAUGAUUUAUGAGAUCAAGAACACGAAGAAGCGCCAAACCUCGUCAAUCUCCUCCUUAAACUCUCCCAUGGGCUCCAAAACCAUGCGCCCAACGUCUGGUUCUCGUCCUUCGCAACCACACGACCCAGCAGCGGGAGACAGGCUGUCUUACAAACAAGACUCCUAUUCUGGCGCGGCGGCCAGGACUUCCUACGGCAGCAGCGGCCCAUCUUCCCCAACGCAAACGAGACCUCCCACCGGCGGACGUACGCAGUCGGAUGCUACGGCAGCGGCUGCCGCUGCUGCCGCUCUCGGAAGUGGUUCCAAGCCGCCGCCAGGUCCCGGGUACCAGCAGAGGUCGUCGACUGACUAUGCGCCUUCACCAACUGGCCGGACGUCUGGUAGCUACCCUCCGCAAAGCCCUGCCACGCAGUCGCCCCACUCGCCUCAGCAGUCCUCCUACAACCCGCUUGACUAUGCUCAAGUGAGUGGCUACCCGGUGCCUCCAUUCCACCAGCCGUCCCCGGCACCCCCGCCACAGCAUACACCUGCGUCGCAAUACGGCGCCCCGGCCCCGCCGCCCGCAGGACCUCCCCCGCCGCAGCCUCAGCCUCAGCAGCAGCAGCAGCAGCAGCAGCAAAUGGUCCCUAAGAAGGCCACCCCUUCCGCAAAUACCCAAGGCACCGGAAGGAGGAUAGGCCUCGACCACUUCAACUUCCUUGCGGUUCUGGGUAAGGGUAACUUCGGUAAGGUCAUGCUUGCGGAGACCAAGACCUCGAAACAGCUUUACGCUAUCAAGGUGUUGAAGAAAGAGUUCAUUAUCGAGAACGACGAGGUUGAGAGCACUCGUUCGGAGAAGCGCGUGUUUUUGAUCGCCAACAAGGAGCGCCACCCGUUCUUGCUCAACCUGCACGCCUGUUUCCAGACUGAGACUCGUGUGUACUUCGUUAUGGAGUACAUCAGUGGUGGUGAUCUUAUGCUUCACAUUCAGCGUGGUCAGUUUGGCACCAAGCGUGCUCAGUUCUACGCGGCCGAAGUGUGCCUUGCCCUUAAAUACUUCCACGAGAACGGUGUCAUCUACCGUGAUUUGAAGCUCGACAACAUCCUUCUCACGUUGGACGGUCACAUCAAGAUUGCAGACUACGGUCUGUGCAAGGAGGAGAUGUGGUAUGGUUCUACCACGAGCACCUUCUGCGGUACUCCUGAGUUCAUGGCUCCCGAGGUGAGAACAAUCAACAUUUUCCCAUUGGGACGCGUUGGCUAACUACUUGAUAGAUCCUUCUCGAUAAGAAGUACGGUCGUGCAGUUGACUGGUGGGCCUUUGGUGUCCUCAUCUACCAGAUGCUGCUUCAGCAGUCUCCCUUCCGUGGCGAGGACGAGGACGAAAUCUACGACGCCAUUCUUGCUGACGAACCUCUAUACCCCAUCCACAUGCCGCGCGACUCCGUUUCCAUCCUUCAGAAGCUGCUCACGCGUGAGCCCGAGCUUCGCCUGGGCAGCGGCCCGACUGACGCGCAGGAGAUCAUGAGCCACGCCUUCUUCAGGAACAUCAACUGG